AUGAAGUCCUCACCAAUGAUACUAGGGGCCCUCGCUUGGGCCUCGCUAUCCACCAUCACACUCGCCAACGACGGCCACUCACCACCAAUACUUUCGCGAUACAAAAGGUCUUCCUGCUCUGCCCUCGCCGCCGCUGAACUUACGGUUGACACCCCCUUGGGUACCGUUAUCGGCACAACAUACCCUGAUACGCCCUGUGUCCGCCGAUUCCUCUCCAUCCCCUUCGCCCAACCCCCAGUGGGAUCUCUCCGCUUUCUCCCUCCUGAACCUCUCUCCGCCCUCCCCUCCUCCCCAUACAGAGCAACUCAAUUCGGUCCCUCAUGCAUGCAGUUUCUCAUGGAAGACCCACCAACCAUCUUCACACAGUUCGUCAACCAGUACAACCUGCAAGGACUCAACAUGACCUCUCCCUUUCUCUCCGAAGACUGCCUCUCUCUCAGUGUCUACGCCCCACCAGUUCGGGCUUGGGGCCAAAAGCUCCCAGUGAUAAUCUUCAUUCACGGCGGUGCCUUCAUGGCAGGCGGCCAAGACGUCCCCUAUCAAAUUCCCGCCAACUGGGUCCAAGAUUCACAAGAGCAUAUUGUAGUCACCUUCAACUACCGCUUGAACAUCUUCGGCUUCCCCAACGCCGCAGCUUUUGCCGGGGACAGCACCAAGCAAAACCCCGGCUUGCUCGACCAAAAGCUGGCCAUCCAAUGGGUCAAAGACUACAUCAGCUACUUUGGCGGAGACCCAGAGAGAAUCACCCUUUGGGGGCAGUCAGCCGGUGCUAUCUCUGCGGCUUGGUACCAAUACGCAGCUUUUGACCCUUCAUUCCCCCAGGUUUCGGCCGUCAUCAUGGACUCUGGGACAGAGAUCUUCCCGCUUGCUCGGGCGAGCACAGAGGACGUCAAGCACGGAAACUUUACCGCCGUCGCGACCGAAGUCGGUUGUGGGGGGUUGUCACCUCAGGAGGAGUUGGAAUGCAUGCAAACCGCCGAUGCGGAGCAUAUUGAGGCGUUCUUGCAGGAGAACAUGGAGGAGCUCAUGAGCGGGAAGCCGUUCAUCUACUUUACAUCCGUGGUGGACAACAGAACCGUGUUUGGGAACUACACGGACAGGGCGAUCAAGAAGGAGAUUUUGGAUGUGCCGACAAUCAUCGGAACAAACGCGAACGACGGCAUCCCCUUUGUCCCACUCACCGCAGAGGGAGUCAACUCCACCAUCGAAGCCCUCACUACGGCAGUCUUCUUCUUUUGUCCCGCCGUGCAGGCCAGCGCGCUGCGGAUCAUGGCCGGCGUGCCCGUCUACCGAUAUCUUUACACGGGCAACUUUAGCAAUGUCUCACCUGAGGCGUUUAUGGGAGCUUAUCACUCGGCUGAGCUGCCUCUGAUUUUCGGCACUGACUCCCUGUUCCGAGGCCUGUCGACGCCGGAAGAGGAGGCCGUCAGUGAAGCGAUGCAGGACGCUUGGGUGGCGCUUGCGAAGGGAGGGCAGGCUGGACUCGAAGCGACAGGGUGGCCGAGGUAUAAUCUUGACACGAGACUGGUGAGGGAGUUUGGGCAGUUUGAGAAUGGGACGACGACCGAGGACGGGAGGGUGCCGCUGUCGAGUGUGGUGAGGGAUGUCAGUUUGAAGAGUAUGGAGGAGAUGUGCCCACCUAUCUUGGAUGCGUGGCUUGUGUGA